AGUAUCUCUGCAAGAUUACGGGUUCGAUUCCUGGUUCAGUGAUGACCCAUGAAGCGUUAACAGGUGAACACAUCUUAGGCAGCACGCGAGCGAGCGGGCCACAGAGAGACACAGAGAGAGAGAGAGAGAGAGAGAGAGAGAGAGAGAGAGAGAGAGAGAGAGAGAGAGAGAGAGAGAGAGAGAGAAGCAGACGUAGAAGCGUGGGAAGUUAGGAAGCGUUCAAGUUCAACAUAUCUCAGUGACCAAAUACCAUACAUAUAAUAUAGGGACAAGAGUACAAAUUUACAAGGCAGAAUGGUGUACGCAGCAGCUCCUUGUGUGAAACGCCAGGUGGAGGCUUACGUUGUUUUGGAGAAGAUUGAGAGUGCUAUGGGCUACCUACCCCUCUCUGUGAUGGCAAUCGCAGUUGGCGCGCUGGGACAGUUCAUGACAGCAUGGAUUUUCUGCACAGGCGUGGCUAUGUCGCUGUUUGAAGGCAGUUCCAAGUAUCUCCGAGGACGCAUUCAUCGCUUCUUUUUCCAUGGUAUGUCCUGCUGCCAAGUGUCAACAGCUCAGGGCACAUCGGACAGAUACAAUCUUGGAACGUACACAGUCCUCGGUGGUCGGUUCCGUGUAACUCUGGGUUAUUUUUUUAUCAUCGCUGUUUUCCGCUUCAUUGUUAUGAUUAUUCAACUGUCUUUGGGAAUUCUUUUGUACCUUCGUAUCGACGAGUUCAAGAGAAAUCCCGAUUACAAAAAGGAUGCGGGCUGCAGGCGCGUAGUAGAGUGCAUCAUGUUCACGUUUGCCUGUCUUGUCGCACACUCGGUUUUUGUCGUCUUGAUUAUCUUCUUUUCCGUCCUCUGGCGGUUUCUAUCGGAACGACUUUCCAACAUAGGCUGUUGGGGAAGCACCAGCUGCCGUGAGCGGGACGGCAGCUCGCCCUCAGGCCCGGGGGCGUUGAUGGAGCGCGUAGAGCGAGCACAGAGGACCAUGGAGACCGGGGUGGCUUGGUAUGUGCAUUGUCAUCGGCACUCGGGAUUCACUGCAGCCGAAGCUCAGGCUGACAAGGAGCAGUGCGGACUUCAGGGUUAUUGGUUCUACUCCGUGAAGGAACUCGUAAACCAGGUUGGAGAUCACGUGCAUGAUCUGGCAGAUGAGAAUAGGUCUGCGGCGUCAAGGCUGCGAGGAGGGAGGGCCAGGAAGGAGCGGACGAUGGCCUUGGAAUCUCUUCUUGAUCUGUCCAGAGAGCAGAGGCUGUCUGAUUGUGAAGAUAGUACCUUACACGAUGAGACCGCAAGCUAUCUACAGGAUCUGCCUCAGACUAGUCGUUGCAGGCAUGACGUGGACGCAGGGCGGGACUUUGCACUAGCUGGAGGCUACCUUGUGAUGCUGCAGGUGCUGAAAUGUUGCCCUGAGGACUCAGACGGCUUACCCCUGGCAGCUUCCAUCUUGUCAGGCUUUGCUGCAGGUCUGUCGGUCCUGACCUGGCAACCUGGCCAGUCACAGGAGAUCGUAGAAAUGCUGGAGCACGAAGACUUCUGCUGUUGUACAAGGCAAGUGCUUAAGCACUUGGGUAAGUUGAUGCAGCGAACGAUCGUUCCAAAAGGGAAAGACGAUUGCAAUCUGCAACGCACUCAGCGGCUGCAAGAAGCUCUCGUAUCCGCAAUCUGUUCGUAUGCGCACGCAGCCAGUGACAUUGCCGCACACUUACAGCAUGUUGCACUACUACCUCGUGCACAAUGGAACGGCAUUGUUAAUGGUGAUGACGAACUUACGAAGCACAUGCGUACGCUUAGUAAUGCGUUCACCACUUUUUGUCCUCUCGGAUGGUUCCUGGAAGGGAAGUUUACUCCAUUUCAAUACAGCUGUGACGGCUGGUUCCAGUGGUUGGAGACAGUACGGUGGGCACUAACUCGUGCCGAUGAUGGCAUCGUUUUGAAUACCCUACUGCACUGUGCGAGCCGUCCGUCGGACUUCCCGCGCAAGGUGGUGGCUGACUCCAUCAGGACUCUCUCCUCUCUCUUCUCCCCCAGGAUGAUCUAUUGGCACCGGUUCGAUAUGCGGCACGUGGAGCUGCCUGAGCUUUUCAUCAACAUCAGCUCUGUCAAAGCCUCAGCAAAUCUGCCAGAAGGACUGAAAAGCCUGGUUGUCCGGUGCUGCGAUGAGGAUGAUCCAUUAUUUUCGGUGCCCGUUUUCUCCAAGCUGCAGCUAGCAAAGAUGGCCAUCUCUCAAGACAUAAGGGAUAAUGACGAGAACGUGGUCCAGGUGCUGUUGUUGUGCUUGAGUUAUUGGAGGAGAGCACUGGGUGCCAAGGAGCUCGAUUGGCUGGUGUGUGAAACUGUGGAGAUGCUCAGAGAUGUGGUAAGAAGUUCUCACAAUCCAGCGGAAAUCAGGAGGUUCAUUGUGGACUCGCCUGGGGGGCUUGAAUGCCUCACUCUAAUGCUCCAACCUCUAUUCCCAAGGAUUGCCGCUAUUCGAAUAGACACCGAACAAGACACCUCUGACGCACCGGUGGCGCCUUUGUCUGGGGACGGAGGCAGGGGGGAUGGAGGUAGGGGGCCCUCCGCCGAGGUUCAGGUCGCUGCAGCUAGCUCCUCUUCUAGCGCUUCCAAGGGCGUAUUCAGGAAUUUGUUCAGGCAUGUCACCGACGUGAGUUGGACCGGGGAUGAGCAGGUUUCCAUUCGGUACUCAGCCCCUGCUGCAGGGCUGUUGCAAGACAUCAUCACCACGGCUAGCGGAGGCGAUAGGGAGACAAGAGACUUACUCAAUCAGAACGUCUCGGCAUUCCUUUUCAGUCUAAUGCAGAUGUUGAUGAAUCUCAUCAAUCUGAAGCCACUAGGUCAGAGUUUGAUUAAUGGAGCGGCGCAAGCGCAGAGGCAUUGUUUUGCCAGGGUCGAAAAGGGCCAAGCUUGCGCACAGAGGUUGUGUCAACAUAUCUCAGCCCACUUCCUGCUCUUCGUAGAGUCACUCAGCCAUCCAGCCUGGCAUCCACCUUGUGGACCUAUGGAGGCUAUAACCAUUGUUUCCGGCGACAACAUCAUGGAGGACCUGGAGUGGAACGUGAAUAUCCUUCUUGGAGCGAGAAACGCGUUGCGUUUGUUGGAUCAUCUCAUUGAUUCUCGCUGGGAGAAGCUCAGCGUGGAGGAAAUCGACUUGCUUAUCCAUAGACUGGUUCGGUUGCGUCAGGUCCCAGCUCCUCAGCUGCAUUUAGUUCUCGCACUUCCAGAUUGGAACGAGGAGAUCAAGAACAAAAUUACUAGGUUGCUUGACGACAUUAAACCUUUUAUACAGGGUAAGGUGAGAAGCAGUCCACCAUUGCCGCUCCAGCCGAAAGAGAGAGAAGUGUUGACUGCUUGUCUAAAUGUUCUCCAAGCGCACGAUAACCGGAAGCAACAAGAGACAGGAAACAGGCCUCAGGACGAACCCACGGGCAGGCGAAAUCCUCAGGCGAGGGGGCGUCAAGUGGGUACGGGAAGGCAAAAACAGGGGACGCCAACUUCAAGGCCACCUUCUCACCCGCUGACCAUCGGAGGGGCUGGAGCCACAGGGGUAGGAAGCGGGGACCAGGAUGGAGAUGACACUGUCGGCCAGCUUUCUCACAAUAGGCGACAAAAAGGGAAGGGGAGGGGGAGGGGGAAAUUAUUGCCUGAGGAUAGUGAUCAAACUCGCAAGAGUCGCAGCAUGGAGCUGGCCAGGAAGCAGAACGUGAGCAGCGCAGAAGAUACCAACCAGGGUGAUGCGGCGGAUGCACCCCCUUCGGGCAGACCCAUUCUAUAGACGGAUGGGAUUGACAGGUCCAUGCAGCAGGCGUCCAGUAGUGGGGACGCACGUGAUGCUGGGAGGCAAGAUCCUGGUUCAAGUGACCCUUACGGUGAAAACACAAGUGCUCAGCAGAGUCAGCACAAAGGAGAAUUGGCCCAAUUGGGAUCUUGAUCUACGAGUGCCCAGCAUGUCCAAGAGACAUCAGACUCCACUUCAGGAGUGCCUAGUACGGAAAGCAGCACUCACGAUGCAUCUCAAGC